AUGCAGACACCAAAAAGUUGGGAUGUUUUACCCGCCUUCUCAAUUGGCAACUUUUUUCAAUCUGGGCAAAUCUGGCCCAGGAGUGGAAUCUACGCUCCACUCGACACUGACAGGCGAGAGAUCCGGCUAGCAUCCAUAGUACCUGGAAGAUGGUCUGAAGAUGUCUACUGCAACCUUGAGGUUGUGUCCCUCGAUGAUACUCCUACAUACGAGGCCUUAUCAUAUACCUGGGGGGACCCAUUAGACGAGACUCCCAUCCUCCUCAACGGCGUGACGUUUCUCGUCACGAAGAACUUGCAUUGCGCACUUCGGAGACUCCGACAUUCUGAUGAGGCACGGCAUAUUUGGAUCGAUGCUCUUUGCAUCAAUCAGUCAAAUAAGCCUGAGAAGACCAGACAAAUCGAAUUGAUGAAGGAUAUAUAUUCAGGAGCUCACGAGGUCCAAGUUUACUUUGGUGAGAGUGGUGUAUUAGACACAAUUAGCUCAGAAGAGCAAUCAACAUGGACAGAUCCCCCACGGUCCCAUUGGUUUGGGGAUGACAGAGAUCGUCCCAUCUUGAAUGACUUCGGCAACUUCCAAACUAUGACCGACAACCAGCUUUCACAACUCAGCCCGACUAUACGCCUAAGGCAGGCCAUCUCUAGCGCAUACACUAUCCUAAUCCUCCUAGCUCGAGGCAGAUGUCUUGACAAUUUCUUUUUAGAGCGUACCAAUCCGCAAGUUUGGGCGGAGACGCUUGCGGUGCUCCACCAACUGGCAAGUAGUCCUUGGUGGAGGCGAGUUUGGGUUGUUGAGGAGGUUAUACUAUGCCGCAGCGCGACGACAAUCUAUGGCGAGGUAGUGGCGCCUCUAGACAGCGUCGAAAGAGGCGGCUCUAUGAUUCCUAUACACAUUGAGAGAUGCUGUCGGGACUUUUAUCAGGGUCUUUCAGGCGAUCUUCAGUCACACUUGCUGGCCAUAUCACAACAUACUGCUGCGCUGGAAGGUCUACGACAUGAAUGGGAGUUGUAUGCGGAUAAAGAAGCCCAGCGCCUCCAGAGAUUUCUGGGAAUGACGCGUACAAGGGGAGCCUACGAUGCUCGUGAUAAGAUAUAUUCAAUUCUCGGCCUCACCAGAGACUGCUCUGAGCGACUCUCCAUCCUACCUGAUUACUCGAUACCUGUAUCACAGGUCUAUACCCAAACGGCCUUCAAGAUCAUACGUCACACAAACUCACUAGAGAUUCUGCUCACCACAGAGAAGAAAAGGGCGGACUCGGAAAUUCCCACUUGGUGUCCCGAUUGGAGCUGCUCAAGUCAUGGCGAGGAGAAUGAUCUAUGGGUGCAUUCAAGGUCCUGGAAGUUCAAUGCUGGCCCGAUAAAUGGGACAGUAGCAAAUCUUUGCCAUGGACGAGUCCUCGCUGUCGAAGGCGUCCACAUCGACAUCGUUUCUGAAACGACAUUUGCUCUCUCGCAAGACGCGCCGUUGGGUCCCCGACUGGACGAGUUCGCUGAGAUGGUCGGUCACGACUCAGAGCCCCAAGCUCACUAUGUCACUGGCGGCACAGUCAAGCAAGCAUUCUGUCGCACGAUGCUGAAUGAAGCUCUGGAGACAGAACCGAAUAAAUAUGAGCGACUAACUGAAGAUGACGAAAUUUUCUUCUCUUUAUGGUGUAGGAGGACAAGAGAUGGGUCUGGAUUACGUUUGAAUCCAGAUGACCUCCCUGGGUUGGACCCAGUCGCACAGAGAGAGGCUAUUUCUAUCAUCCAGGCACGGUUGAGGCUUAUUAGUCGAUCUUUUUGGCUCCCAAAUGAUGACAGAGCCUUUUUUGUGACGGAGCGAGGAUACAUGGGAUUUGGACCGCCAGACAUGAAGCAGGGUGACUUGGUGGCCAUCUUGUUGGGAAGCAAGAUGCCUUUCAUUCUCCGGCAGGCACCAGUAAGCGAUGCGACUCACGAUGCGGCGUACUAUACAGUUGUUGGGUAUUCUUAUCUGUAUGGAGUAAUGAAUGGUGAAACAGUGGAAGGAAAUGUUAGUAUGUGUGAUAUUAAGCUUAUUUAA